AAAAAUGUAGAGAUAGAGAGAUAGAGGCAAGGUUGACCAGUGGAAGCGAAGAAGAAAGCGAGGGAGAAGCAGUGGAGGAAUUUUCAUGAACUACGACACCAAAGUUUAAAUCCUCACCAGGGCUCAGACUCGAACUUCGUCAAUUACACGUUCUCUCUCUAUCUCUUUGUGUCAGUCAAGUUCAGUUCCCAUAUCAAGCCGCCGUUCAAUAACUGCUCAAUCUCUUUGGUUUCUCUCUUCAACCUCAAAGGGACUCUUCCUUUCUGGAUUUUCUCAGCUUCUGAGCAGGUCUUUAAAGUGGUUCUUCUGAAGACUUCGCUGAUUCUUGAGUCAAGAAGAGCGGGGACUUCAUUGGGCAGUUAUGACUUGUAUAUCUUUCUUAUUCAGUAGGAAGGGGCACAAUACAAGAAAAUAUGGUUUUAAUGUUGAAGAUGAAAUUUCUGGAAUUCAUGAUGUGAAACUUUACUGCUAUAGAGAAUUAAAAAUUGCAACCGAGGAUUUUAGUCAACUCAAUAAAAUUGGAGAAGGUGGUUUUGGUUCUGUGUAUAAGGGACGGCUUAAAGAUGGGAAGCUUGCUGCUAUAAAAGUUCUUUCAGCUGAAUCAAGGCAAGGAGUAAAAGAAUUUUUGACAGAGAUUGAAGUUAUCUCAAAGAUAGAGCAUGAAAAUUUAGUUAAGCUCUAUGGCUGCUGUGUUGAAGGAAAUCACAGAAUUUUGGUCUACAACUACCUCGAGAAUAAUAGUCUGGCCCAAACUCUCCUUGGUGGAGGGCACGCUAAUAGUUGUAUGCAGUUUAGUUGGCAAACAAGGUAUAAAAUUUGUGUAGGGGUUGCAUGUGGCCUUGCAUUCCUUCACGAGGAAGUACAGCCUUAUAUUGUUCACAGAGACAUCAAAGCCAGCAAUAUUCUGCUGGACCGAGACCUGACACCAAAAAUUUCUGAUUUUGGUCUAGCAAAACUUAUCCCGUCAAAUAUGACUCAUGUUAGCACACGUGUUGCAGGAACAAUAGGCUAUUUGGCACCAGAAUAUGCGAUAAGAGGGCAACUAACAAGGAAAGCAGAUAUUUAUAGUUUUGGGGUGCUCCUGGUCGAAAUAGUAAGUGGAAGAUGCAACACAAAUACUCGACUCCCAGCUGAAGAACAAUAUCUUCUUGAAAGGACAUGGCACUUCUACGAACGCAAAGAGUUGAUUGGACUGGUAGAUACAGCAAUGAACGGGGAUUUUGAUGCCGAGGAGGCUUGUAGAUUUCUUAAAAUAGGUCUUCUUUGUACGCAAGAUGCUCCUAAGCUGAGGCCAUCUAUGUCAACCGUGGUUAAGAUGCUGACCGGUGAGAUAGAAGUUUAUGACAGUAGGAUUACAAAGCCUGGUUUGAUUACAGAUUUCAUGGACCUCAAAGUGAAAGGCCCUCAGAAAACUUCCAAGCCCCACUCCAGUGGCAGUGAUACGACGUCUUCUUACAAUCUACCCUCUACCUUAGAGAAACUAGACGGUUCAACUAUGUUUUCAGACUCAGCUGCUGCUACUAUGUCAACCUUCACCUCACCAUAUGACCAGAGCAUUGUCACAAGAGAGUUUUCUGUUUGAUUCAUUGCAUUGCAUUUUUGUUCGUGGGCAUUCGUCCUCGUGUGUAUAUUGAACGACUGUACUUUUUUUUUCAUUGGUUAGAAUUAUGCCAAAAGGUAUUCUUGUAAAUGGACCAGCCUUGAUAAGUCUUAGAAAGGUGUGUGGUGGUCAACACGUCGCCCAGUAUGCGCUUAGAAUUGAAAAUAAGGUAUGCUUGUAGAUGUAAAUGGCCCUGUCUUGGGUAAGUUGGAGAAACUAGUAAGGUUUUUUUUUGUUUUGUUACGCGUGCUUGGAGCUACGUAUUGUUCUCUAAGAUCCAAGAGUUGUAAUUUUUUUAUUUUCUUUUAUUGAGGGGACAAGAGUUGUAAUAUUGGUAGUGUUAAUAAAGAAAGGUUAAAAAAAAGCAGACGUUUAAUGGCCA